GCAGGGGCGGCUUCUAGGUGCUACCACCGCUGCCGCCACCGUCACCACCGCCUGGGAACCUGGGCCUGGGGGGCGGUGGGGCUGCAUAUGGAGCCCCCGCCCCCCGGAGCUGCCAACAUCGCCGCCGCACCACACGCAGAUAGUACUGGGAUGGCGUGAGCACUCCCCCAGCGAUGGACCCAUCUGUGACACUGUGGCAGUUUCUGCUGCAGCUGCUGCGAGAACAAGGUAAUGGCCACAUCAUCUCCUGGACCUCACGGGAUGGUGGUGAGUUCAAGUUGGUGGAUGCAGAAGAAGUGGCCCGGCUGUGGGGGCUGCGCAAGAACAAGACCAACAUGAAUUACGACAAGCUCAGCCGGGCCCUGCGGUACUACUAUGACAAGAAUAUCAUCCGCAAGGUGAGUGGCCAGAAGUUUGUCUACAAGUUUGUGUCCUACCCAGAAGUUGCUGGGUGCUCCACUGAGGACUGCCCUCCCCAGCCUGAGGUAUCUGUAUCCUCGACUGUGGCAAUGACCCCUACUGCUGUCCAUGUGGCCUCUGGAGACACUGCCACUGGAAAGCCAGGAACACCCAAGGGCACAGGAAUGGCAGGCCCAGGUGGUUUAGCACGCAGCAGCCGGAAUGAGUACAUGCGCUCGGGCCUCUAUUCUACCUUCACAAUCCAGUCCCUGCAGCCACAGCCACUCCCUCAUCCUCGGCCUUCCUCAGUGCUCCCCAACACUACUCCUGGAGGAGCAUCAGCUCCCCCCUCAGGGAGCAGGAGCACCAGUCCAAACCCCCUGGAGGCCUGCUUGGAGACAGAAGAGGCUGGCCUACCCCUGCAGGUCAUCUUGACCCCACCCGAGGUCCCAAACGAGAAAUCAGAAGAAUUGAAUCUGGAGCCAGGUUUGGGCCGGCCACUGCCCCCGGAAGUGAAAGUGGAGGGGCCUAAGGAAGAGUUGGACGCUACAAGGGAGGUGGGGUUCGGUCUGGAAGCUGUUAAAGCUGAGCCGGAAGUCCCUCCCUCGGAGGGUCUGCUGGCUAGGCUCCCAGCUGUCCUGAUGGAGAAUACAGCGCAGGUGGGUGGCCUCGCAGCCUCCAGUACUGAGAUCGCCCAGCCACAAAAAGGCCGGAAGCCUCGGGACCUGGAACUUCCACUUAGCCCAAGCCUGCUCGUUGGGCCGGGACCUGAGCGAACUCCAGGAUCAGGAACGGGCUCCGGUUUGCAGGCUCCGGGGCCGGCGCUGACGCCAUCCUUGCUACCCACGCAUACAUUGACCCCGGUGCUGCUGACACCCAGCUCGCUGCCCCCCAGCAUUCACUUCUGGAGCACCCUGAGUCCAAUUGCACCCCGUAGUCCAGCCAAGCUCUCCUUCCAGUUUCCAUCCAGUGGCAGCGCACAGGUGCACAUCCCUUCCAUCAGCGUGGAUGGCCUCUCAACCCCCGUGGUGCUCUCCCCAGGGCCCCAGAAGCCAUGACUACCACCACCACUACCACCAUCCUCCUUCUGGAGUCCAUCCAUCCAUGCCCCUGAACUUCUCUCCAGCCAGCCAUCUCAAGGAGAAACAUAGUUCAACUGAUAGACUUAUGCUCUGGUUGUGGUGGGGUGGGGAUUCCUGGGAAAAAGGAUCUCUCACUAACUCCACCCAAAACACAACUUCUUUCUUCUUUGCCAGUUUCCCAAUGGCCGCCCUUACACGUCUCCUACUUCAGUGGUAGGGACGGUUUAUUUAUUUUUUGAAGGCCACUGGGAAGAAUCUGGCCCAAUCCUUAGGAGGGUGGUUAAGACAUCACCCCCAUCUCCUCCCCACUUUUUCCUCCAGUAUAUGACAAUCGGGGUCCGGCUUGAGAAGGAUCUUUCUUUAUUUCUCAACCUGCCCUUGGGGAGUUAAGGGAGCCCUGUCUCCAUUUUUGGGAUGUGGGUAAACGAGCUAGUUUGUUUUGUUUUACUAUUCCUGGCCAUAACUAAGGGUCCAGGGACAAAUUGUACGAUUUAAUGGUUUGGGAGUUGUAGCCAAGGAAGAAUCACUGUUGAAAUAGAAAUUGCUACCUCCCCAAACUUUUUCUCAGUCAGCUUGUCCUUUUCUCAAGUAACCUUUUGGCUAGGGAGGAAUACCCCUUUUGUUGUUCUUCCCCCUAAGAAGCCAUUCCUUUGUCUGCCAAAUUCCGUGGGGGCCUGCCUGUUACCUCCUAAUGGAGGGUUUUUGGGGGUAGUGGUCCCCGUCUGGGGGGCCCCCUCCAGCCAGUACUCCAGGUCUCUCUUUCUCCUACCCUCUGCCAUUUUGAUAGUAUAAUCUAUUUUUAAAUGGGGCUUUUCAAUAGGGGAGAGGGAAUCAUCUCUUCCUACAUCUUGUGGGUAGGUGGAUGGGUGGGUGGGUGGGUGGUGGGAAGGAAGGGAUGUGGAGGGGAUCUUCCUGCCAUCCCCAAGUGUUUAUUUUUGAUACCAAAUGUGUAUUUUCAGCUCCCUCCCAGCCCCCCAAUUUCCUGCGGGCGGGUACAAAGGACCCUUUUAAGUGUCCCUGGAGUUGGGAGGGAGGAAUGGGGGACAUGAAGCCUGUCUUGUAUCAAUUCCAGGCUGGAGGGGGGUGAAUUCAAAAGAUUCCUGGGCUCACCUCCUGUCAGCACUGGCCCAGACCAGGCCUGGAAACCUAGGGGUUGAUGGUUUGGGAGACAGUGUUGCACUCGUCUCCACUGUUUGUUUUACUUCCCCAAAAUGGACCUUUUUUUCUAAGAGUCCCAGAGAAUGGGGAAUUGUUCCUGUAAAUAUAUAUUUUUAAAGGUGUUGUUGAA